CCUCCCCCUCCCCCGGAGCCAGUCAGCUGUUCCGUCCAAACACCUCUCAGUGUGCGUGUGCGUGCGUGGGUAUGUUUGUGUCCCUGUGUCUCUUCACUACACGCUGGAACCAUGGCUGCCAGGAUGGAGCUAGCGCCUCUCAGACCGUGGGACGACUUCUUCCCCGGGACGGACCGGUUCGCCAAACCGGACUUCGGGGAUUUGACGAAAUGGAACAACCGAGUGAUCAGUAACCUGAUGUACUACCAGACCAACUAUUUCGUUGUGGCCCUGGUGGUUUUCAUCAUCGUCGGGUUCCUGAACCCAUUCGCCAUGUUCCUGGGGGGAGCCGUGGUGUGUCUGGUGUUCGGGGGUUCGGUGUGGGCAGGAGAGAACAAGGCCACCAUCAAGAACUUCAAGAGGAAGAACCCCACCCUGUUUGUCAUCGGGGUCAUGGUCACCAGCUACUUUGUGCUGUCGCUGUGUGGUGGUGUCAUGGUGUUCAUCUUCGGAAUCACCUUCCCCCUGCUGUUGAUCCUCAUCCACGCCUCUCUGAGACUGCGCAACAUGAAGAAUAGACUGGAGAACAAGAUUGAGGGUGUCGGGCUGAAGAAGACCCCCAUGGGCAUCAUCAUGGACCUCCUGGAUCAGCAGGAGGAGAAAAUGAACAAGAUUCAGGAUUUUCUCGAGAGCAAACUGAAGGAGUAAGGCUCUAGUCAAGAGUGUGCCAAGGGAAUUAGUGUCAUAUACAGAAUGGAUUAACAUUUCCUCAGAAUUAUCCCAUGUAUCAAGUUUUUCAUCUCCCCCCCUCUAUAUCCAGUAGUUUGCAUUCCCAUACUUUGUAUCCAUUUAUUUUGUUCUCAUAUACGUUUGUUUUGUUUUAAACUGUAAUAGAUGGUUAGGCAGAUUUGCACAAUCACCCUGUGCACAGAAUGUUGAGAGGCAAUGGGCACCAAAGAUUACCAAAGGUUUGAGCACUUCUGUGUCACAGAAUAUUCAAAAAAUAUUCCCGAAACAAAUAAUUCCCUUGUUGACAAUGUACUUUGAGUAUUCACAGGAAAGUAAACCUGAAUGUUUCAACACAUUAUCACACGCCAAUUAUAUUUAUUCUAAAAAUGAAGUCAGAUGGUUUCAGUUUGCUACCUCAAAAACGGGCAUGUCAAAUUUUUCUCCAGCACCCACGAACCUGUUAUCUGCUUAAUGAAGUGCAAUAACUGUCAUCUCGUCUCUCCAGGACCUGUAUGAAUAGGGAUCAGAAACCAGUGGGCUUCUACAGUAGACAUGGUAUUGGCUGACUAAUAAUCCUGGAGUUUACAUAUUCCUGUCGAUAAAACCUUUACUGACAGUUCAGGCUGGUGUAUCCCCUCUGACCACAGCUAUGCAAUAUUUAAAAAAAAAAAAAUGAAUGGCAAGUGCAGCUUUAUUGUUUGAAUAUUAUGUCACGUUAUUACAAUGUCUGUUGUUAUUUUUUGAUGUAUCUUUAUUUUAAUACUAAAGCAUGCAGAAAUGUAUAAAGUGGCUGCAGGUUACAGAUUAUAUAUAUAUAUAUAACUUUGGCAAUGUGGCAAACAUACUGACUAAGUUAAAAUGAAAAAUUAAUUUACCACGAUUCUGGACUAGAUACAUAUAUGCUAUUUUCCCGAAAAUUGCCUUUCCUUGUACAAAAAAAUAAAUAAAAGCUAUUAAAUUUGUAACCUGUAAUGUGUUUGUGCUUUUCACGCCUUGACUACAGUUUGUGCAUGCUGACCUCACAAAUGGCAGUUGGGAUUGUUCAUGAAUGCUAUAUUAUACACACAGCGUAUAAGAUCUAUGUUUUUAUUUGAGUUUUUCAGUGUUGAGAAGUGAUGAUGAAAUCACAGAACUGACCGUAAACACAGCUGUCUCAUGUAAAAACAAUAAAGAGAACCUGAUUUAUGUUGAAAUUGUUUUUCAAUCAA